AAACAAUCGUUCGAAAUUUUCAGUUUUAGUCUGUCCCCAAUAGCAAACGAAAUACAUUCAUAGUUUCUUUACACUCCAUUGGAUUUUUGUUAAUUUUACAAGUUUGUUAAAAGAUGAAUUGCAUGGAGAAGAAGUCGCCGGAGGCUAUUGCCGAGUGCAAGGGCAGGAUCAUACAGUUGAAUCCGGGUUCGUCGUGUCCUGCCCCGCUCAUCUGUCCCCUGCCCGAGGAACCUCCCUCCCACCGCCUGAGGAAACCGCCGCAGCCCGCCCUCGUGGGCUUGACCCCUCACCCCGAUGAGGCCGCCCAGCAGCACCUGCUGCAGAACAUCACUGGUCCCGCCCAGGAACAUCAGAAGCUGCAGGUCGACCUUCAGGCGGGAGUUGACCAGCAGCAGAUGCACAUGGCCGACAUUCGGGACGAACAAUUCAAGCAGUCACAGAGGCCCCAAAGGAUGGAGGAGAUGCAAUUUGCGCGCACAAUGGACCCUGAAGCGGAUGAUCUCCGAAAUCCGCCGUGCUAUCUGCCUCAACAGGGCGAUGAACUGCCGCACAAGGACCAGCUAAUGCCGAUGGGUCCUAUUGGACCCUGGGCCUCCGGAAAGGUGGAUUGGAGUCCCAUGGCGGGCAUUACGGGAACAAGGCCUGUCGUGGACCGCUACUCCAUAACCCGAUACAGUCCGAAUGAGUGGCGCACUAGGAACCAUGAGACGGUGCAGGCCGUCAACGGAAGUCUGGCCAGGGAGGAUAAAAACCGCUUUAGCUCUACCACUGAGUUCCUGAGACUCUCUGCCCUGGUGGCGAAGUCGCAAAAUGAGACUACCGACAAACUGAGGACCCGAUCGCAACUAAUUGGUAAAUGGAAGAACACCCUGGAGAACGCGAUCAAGGCGAUGGCCGAUGAGAUCUCCACAAUGGAGGUGGAGCGCAUCAAGUUGCGCAAAUCGAUGGUGGUUCUUGGUGUUCCCGAGUCCAUUGCAAAGGAGUGCAUUGAGAAGAGGGCCACACGGCCGGAUACCGAACUGGUUCGCGACCAGGUGGAGGAGGAGCUGGUCAACGAGCUGGCCCUGAUUGCCGAGAUUCGCCGGCUAUUGAUGAAGACGCUGGACGACUUCAAUACGCAGCAGGUGGAGAAUCGCACGGCCAGGCAGCGAUUGGAAUACGACUGGAGUGACAAGAAGGAGGCCUACGAAAUCGAUACCCUGAACACGGGCCUGAACAACAGCUCCAGGACGAUCAUGUUCCGACCGGGAGCAGUGCGUCAGCCACCGGAACAGGCAUCCGAGAAGUACUGGGAGCACUUCAGCAUGGAAACGCUGGACGAGUGCGAAAAGUGUCGCCUGAAGUCGGUGACUUUGCGGAAUACCCUGAAUUCGACGCUGAUGAAUGCGGCCAGGGAUAUUCGCACGCAGGCCGAUGUGGUGGAGAAGGCACUGACCUCCAGGAUCAAUUGCACCCAGGAGGCAGUGCAGCGCUUCGAGAACGACCUCAAGAGUAUCCUGCAGGGCUUGGCUGAUGUGGAGAACCGCAUCGAGCAGAUGAAGCGCCGCAUCGCCUCCUUCGAUGCCUCCAUGAAGGUGGCCCAGACGCGCAUGGACAACCGCAGCUAUCGGCCCAAUGUGGAGAACUGCCGGGAUCUCGCCCAGCAGGAGCUCAUCGAUGGCGUGCACACCAUCCAGAGCAGUGUGUCGGCCCUGCUCCACGAACUGGAGGAGGCGGAGAUGGUCAAGACGGACCUGGUCAAUUCCCGUGCUCGGCUGGAACGCGAGAUUAUGCUAAAACGGCGCAGCCUGUUCAUCGAUCGGGAGCGUUGCAUGUUGAUGCGAUCGCAUUAUCCUUCGGCGAAUACCCUAAGUGGAUCAGCCACAUCGUAGAAAGGGGUUACCCUAUACGAGGGUAUCUAAAUUAUUGAGUUUUACCACUUUGAGCGGGGUCCAAAUUGGCAAGUGUUUAUUUAGAACUAGGUGGGGUUUACUAACUAGUAUAAUAACGGUCUGGCUGAAGGGGUGUUGUAAAUUAACAAGUUAUGAAUAAAUGUAGUCCUGUUGAGUUAACCAACAA